AUGACUCCAGUUCAGGCGUCUACUAUCCCGUUAUUCAUGAAACAUAAAGAUGUCGUCGUGGAAGCUGUGACUGGAUCUGGGAAGACGUUAGCAUUUGUGAUACCCAUUAUCGAACGCCUGAUACGACGAGAGACGAAGCUCAGACAGGAAGAAAUUGGCGCGUUGAUCAUUAGUCCAACAAGGGAGCUCGCUACUCAGAUACACUCUAUAUUCCAAUUGUUUCUUUCCUCUCAACCAGAAGAUACCCCUACAUUACCCCCUCCUUUGUUACUCGUUUCGUCAGAUCAGUCUUCCCCCGCUCAAGAUGUUCAACGAUUUAUCUCCACUGGUGCUGAUAUUGUAAUCGGGACACCUGGAAGAAUUGAAGAAUUUUUAUUGGGCAAGGGUCGGAAUACAGUAAAUGUAAAGGGAUUGGAAGUCCUGGUGUUAGAUGAAGCAGACAGGCUGUUGGAUCUAGGGUUCCAGGCCGUACUUAGCCGUAUUAUUACAUAUCUUCCCAAGCAGCGACGAACAGGGUUGUUCAGUGCAACAAUGACUGAUGCAGAUGCUCUAUCAGAGCUCGUCCGAGUAGGUUUGCGAAACCCGGCACGAAUUACUGUCAAAGUGCAAUCAAAGAAGUCGAAAGUGGGUAUGGAUGGAACAAGUAAAAUAAUAGAGGAAAGGAGAACACCAGCAAACCUAAAGAAUUACUACGUUACCUGUCGCCCAUCUGAAAAGAUAAUCCAGCUGACUCGGAUUAUUUCAAAUGAAGUCGCUAAGAAUUCAUCACACUUUAUCGUAUAUUUUGCGACAUGUGCAUGCGUGGAUUACUUCUAUAAAAUACUUCCAUUUUUGACUGAAUCGAGGGCAACAUUUUACUCCUUACAUGGCAAUCUUACGCCUUCAGCGCGUACGCGUACAUUGUCAGCCUUUGCUUCCGCUCCCGCAACGGUUGGGAAUCCAUCUAUCCUCCUUGCCACAGACGUGGCAGCUCGUGGCCUUGAUCUGCCUUCAGUGGACGUAGUUAUUCAAUUUGACCCACCGACAGACACCAAAACUUUUUCACACAGAUGUGGACGUACCGCUCGUGCAGGUCGAGGAGGACGUGCAUGGAUACUGCUUUCAGGUAGGGAGGUGGACUUUGUGGAUUUCCUCAACAUCCGCAAGAUUCCACUAGAGAAGAGACCAUAUCUUACUGCUGAAGCUGAGACACAACCACCACCAAUUCAAGACGAUGAUGAAAAGUCCGAUGACCCUGAGGUCGAAGCCUUUGUCGAUAAAACAAGACGCAUUCUUCUAACUGACAGAGCUCUUCAUGAUCAAUCUAUAAAGGCUUUUGUUUCAUUUAUUCGUGCCUACUCCAAACACGAAGCCUCUUAUAUAUUUCGCGUCAAAGACCUUGAUUUGAUCGGAGUGGCAAAGUGUUUUGGCCUCUUACGCUUGCCUAAAAUGCCUGAGCUGAAAGCUGUUGCGAAAGACUUGUGGAAGGAUGCGGAUGUAUCAUGGGACUGUUACGCUUAUGCUAACCAAGCACAAGAGACGAAACGACAAAGAGAACUCGCAGAUGCAGCCACGGCUAAAGAAACCGGAGAAAAAGAACAUCGCCACUCUGACUAUAUACGUCAAAAAAAGAAGAAUGCUGCAUGGAGUAUGAAAGCCAGCAAGGAAGAAGAGCGGGAGAAACGAAGAGACAAGCGAAAAGCGAAGAAAAAAUGGGAACGAGCAAGAGAGGUUGCACCUGUGAUGUCAAUCGAAGGACACACAGCCGGAAAACGGCCGCAUGAGGAUAUACAGGUUGGAGACGAAGCCGAUGAUUGGGCAGAGCUCGCCCGAGAAGAAAAAAUGGCAAAGCGAUUGCGUCAAGGGACGAUUUCUCAAAAAGAUUUCGACGCGGAAUUUGCAGACCUAUAG